AUGCCUUCGAACUCAAAGGAACAUCAACAAAAAGAGAAGGGUGACAAUGUCUCUGAAGCGACAGACUCAAAUCGAAAUUUGAUGCGUGGAAUAUUCGAGCUUGCUAGACUACACAAACCAGAGCUCACGCUUCUAGCAUGGUACCCCUCAGUAUGGACUCUUUGCCUCGUCAUCCACACGCUGGGACAACCGAUGGGUGCCUUCGAUUUCUUUUCCAUGGUUUUCAAGAAUUACCUUAUUGUUGCUCUUACUCACUCUACAUGCUGCACCAUGAACGAUAUACUUGACCGCAACAUCGAUGGACUCAUCCCCCGUACCGCCUCUCGACCUCUCCCAUCAGGCAUGGUCUCUCUGCGUACCGCCAUAUUCGCGUUCAUUGGGUGGGCAGCAGUGACACUUUCUACGACUGCCUAUCUCCAAGGGGCGUACUCUCUCGUUCUCUGGACGCCGGCGUGGAUUUUAAGUCUCCUUUACCCACUUGGGAAGCGUUUCAUUGAUUUCCCACAAUUGAUACUCGGAUCUGCUUGUGCUUGGGUUUUGCUCCCAGCUUGGGUCAACGGAGGAGGCGGUGUGUUUGGAAGGGAAGAAUUGACCCCUAUGGUGUUCUUUAUUAUCUUCUGGAUCAUGUAUAUUGAUAUGUUUUAUGCUACUAUGGACAGUGAACACGACAUCUCAGCCGGUGUCAGGACCUUGGCCGUAACCCUCAAGCCUCGAAUCCAUUUCUACCUCUCACUUCUGGCUGGUCUGCAGCUUCUGUGCCUCUCAAUUCUCGCAUAUCGCGUUGAGCGCUCUGCACUCUUUUGGGUGCUAGGCGUCGGUGUGUGGGCUGUGAAUAACGUUUGGCAUAUCAGUGGCCUACGUAUUGUGGAUGGAAAUUGGGCUGCUGGGUCAGGCCAUACUAUUUUUGUCAGGAACAUUGGUUUGGGGCUUUGGCUGACUGUGGUUGAAGUGUUGGAACUCUGGAGUAAUGGAAGGUUGGCGUUCUGA